AUGUGUCCUCGGCAUACCGGAGAGGCGUCCCUCAGUCGGCCGGGGACGGCGACGGGGACGGCGACGGGACACGGAGAACUGGAGUCGACGGGGGCGGCGACGGGACACGGAGAACUGGAGUCGACGGGGCGGCGACGGGAUACGGAGAACUGGAGUCGACGACGGGACACGGGGAGUUGUAGUCGGCCGGGGACGGCGACGGGACACAGGGAACUGGAGUCGACGGGGACGGCGACGGGACACGGAGAACUGGAGUCGACGACGGGACACGGGGAACUGGAGUCGGCGACGGGACACGGGGAACUGGAGUCGGCGACGGGACACGGGGAACUGGAGUCGGCCGGGGACGGCGACGGGAUACAGGGAACUGGAGUCGGCCGGGGACGUCGGCCGGGGACGGCGACGGGACACGGAGAACUGGAGUCGACGACGGGACACGGGGAACUGGAGUCGACGGGGACGGCGACGGGACACGGGGAACUGGAGUCGACGGGGACGGCGACGGGACACGGGGAACUGGAGUCGGCGGGGACGGCGACGGGACACGGGGAACUGGAGUCGACGGGGACGGCGACGGGAUACGGAGAACUCUCGUGCUCCGUCUGCUGUGACGUCUUCAAGGAUCCGGUUGUCCUGUCCUGUAGCCACAGCUUCUGUAAAGACUGUCUGAAGAGAUGGUGGAGAGGGAAACAAAUACAGGAGUGUCCAGUUUGUAGGAGAAGAUCAAGGAGUCGACCAACUUGUAACCUGGUUUUAAAGAACCUGUGUGAGUCUUUUUUACUAGAGAGAGACCAGAGGGCUUCAGGGUUUUUCUGCAGUCUGCACUCUGAGAAACUCAAACUCUUCUGUCUGGACCAUCAGCAGCCGGUGUGUCUUGUCUGCAGAGAUUCAGGGAGACACACCAACCACAGGUUCAAACCCAUCAAUGAAGUUGCACAAAAUCUCAAAAAGGAGCUCCAGAAAUCCCUGAAGCCCUUAAAGGAGAAACUGAAGGUGUUUGAACAAGUCAAAGGAAACUGUGAUCAAACAGCAGAACACAUGAAGGUCCAGGCCCGACGAGCAGAGAGACAGAUUCAGGAUCAGUUUAAGAAGCUUCACCAGUUUCUAGAGGAGGAAGAGGUGGUCAGGAUGGUUGCACUGUGGGAGGAAGAGGAGCAGAAGAGUGGGGUGAUGAAGGAGAAGAUGGAGGCUCUGAGCAGAGGGAUAGCAGCUCUUUCAGACACAGUCAGAGCCACAGAGGACGAGCUGAGAGCUGAAGACGUCUUGUUCCUCAACAACUACAAGGCUGCAGUGGAAAGAGUCCAGCAGCGCCCCCUGCUGGAGGAUCCACAGCUGCUCUCAGGAGCUCUGAUAGACGAGGCUAAACACCUGGGCAACCUGACCUUCAACAUCUGGAGCAAGAUAAAGGACCUGGUCUCCUACACUCCUGUGGUUCUGGACCCAAACACUUCUCAUCCAGGACUCCUCCUGUCUGAAGACCUGACCAGUGUGAGAGGAGGACAGAGACAAAAGCUUCCUGAAAACCAAGAGAGGAUUGAUUCCUGUCUCUGUGUUCUGGGCUCCGAGGGGUUUAACUCGGGGACUCACAGCUGGGACGUUGAGGUUCGAGACAAUAAAUCCUGGUUUCUGGGUGUGGCAAACGAGUCUGUGGAGAGGAAAGGGAGAGUACGGUCUGGAAUAUGGAGCAUAGGAUUCUCUAAUGGUAAAUAUACCUUCUCUCCAUCAAUCCAAUCAAUCAUUCUCGGAUUUAAGAAGAACCCAGAGAGGAUCAGAGUUAAACUGUGCUGGACAAGUGGAAAACUGUCUUUCUCCGAUGCUGACACCAACACACACAUAUACACCUUCACACAUACUUUUACUGAGAGGAUGUUUCCAUACUUCACCAAUCAUGAUGGAUUCCCAAUUAAGAUUUUACCAAAGAAGGAGGAGGAUGAUAAAGUUAACGUUGAUGAUGAUGCUGGUGAAGACGAUGCUGAUGAAGAUGAUGACGAUUAUGACGAUGAUGAUGAUGAUCACGACAGAUUCUACAAUUUGAGACAUCAAGGUCUUUAAAAGAUGCUCCGUUGUUUUUUAAUAUGAAGUAAUUGUAUCGUGGUUGACCCAAAAUGAAUAGUCGAUCAGGAGAACCGAAAUAGACGGACAACAAACAUGGGACAGCUGUAAAGAUGAGAAGGGAUUUUAUUUUUGUCACUCGGAAUCAAAAGAUCAAAAUAUAAACGUUGAAUAAAUGAUCAUCAUUCAAGAUCAGUUCAGUCACAUUUGAUCAACAUAAAUACACAAAUAAUGCCGUUGUCUUUGGUUAUAGUUUAUAAUGAUCUGUGUUGUUGAGGCAGUGGGCAUGAUUUAGUCUAGUAUGAACAUCUAAAACCUUCAUAAUGUAUUUCAUAGCCUUUUUAAAUCUGUA